UCGUGUUGUGUUGUAGGAUGUGGACGCCGCCACCCUGGCCAGACUGGACCUGGAGAGACGCAUCGAGGGACUGCAGGAGGAGAUCGCCUUCCUCAAGAAGAUCCACGAGGAGGAGAUCCGUGAGCUCCAGGGCCAGAUGCAGGAGUCUGCAGUGCAGGUCCAGAUGGACAUGUCCAAACCAGACCUGACCGCCGCGCUCAGGGACAUCCGCACCCAGUACGAGGCCAUCGCCGCCAAGAACAUCUCAGAGGCUGAGGACUGGUACAAGUCUAAGGUGUCUGAUCUGAACCAGACCGUGAGCAAGAACAACGAUGCCCUGAGAAUUGCCAAGCAGGAGUCCAUGGAGUACCGCCACCAGAUCCAGUCAUACACCUGCGAGAUCGACUCACUCAAGGGCACCAACGAGUCCCUGAUGAGGCAGAUGCGCGAGAUGGAGGAGCGCAUGGGCCGCGAGGCGUCCGGCUACCAGGACACCAUCGCCCGUCUGGAGGGCGACAUCGCCAAGAUGAAGGACGACAUGGCGCGCCACCUGCGCGAGUACCAGGACCUGCUCAACAUCAAGAUGGCCCUCGACAUCGAGAUCGCCACCUACAGGAAGCUGCUGGAAGGAGAGGAGAGCAGGAUCACUAUUCCAACACAGUCAUUUGCCGCCAUGGGCUUUAGAGAGACCAGCCCAGAGAUGGCGAGGGGAGACGGGGGCUCGUCCAAGAUGAGCGGGGGCUCCUCCUCUGCACAUGGCCGCAGCUCCGAGGUGCACUCCAAGAAGACCGUGCUGAUCAAGACCAUCGAGACCCGCGACGGCGAGACUGUGAGUGCCACGGAGGAGGAUUUCCAAGAAACACAUGUUUCUGAAAAGAAAAGAGAGGGAGGAAAGGGAGAAAAAAAGAGACGAGGGAAAGCACCCCCUGAGAAAUAUCUGGAGCCAGAACAGGUGGUGAGUGAGUCUACUCAGCAUCAGCAGGACAUUAUGUAAGCUACGGAACACGGAACCUUGGCUUUAGAAUCCAGCCAGAGCAGAUAAAGCAGACCCAAUCAGAUAAUGGAAUUUUCCAUUGACACAGAGGCCUUCAGUUUUAUUGAAAGGACGAGAAGAUGUCUUCUUCUUUUUUUUUCUUUUUUUUCCCUUCUCUUUUCUCUGCCUUCCUUUUCUUUUCCUCUUUUCUCUUUUUUAAAUGCACAUGCUCGCUGAUAGGCUGACCACCACAACUCCCCGCUAGCAACAGAGCGACACAUAUACCCACAGACGUACACAUACACACUCACACACACUUACACACACACACACACACGGACACAUAGCCAUGUGCACGAGUAAAACAAAGCACGAAGAAAAGGGCAAAAAACAAAGUGAGUGUGUGUGUUUGUGUGUGUGUGUGUGUGUGUGUGUGUGUGUGUGUGUGUGUGUGUGUGUGUGUGUGUGUGUGUGUGUGUGUGUGUGUGUGUGUGUGUGUGUGUGUGUGUGUGUGUUUGUGUGUGUGUGUGUGUGUGUGUGUGUGUGUGUGGAAUGAGAUAAAGCCAUAAAUAGACAAAGACAGACUGAAUGAGGUCUGAAGCGGAGUGCCAAGCCUGUGCAUGCAUCACUGGGGGAAAUGAAUGUUGUGUUUGAGGUGGGAAUGUUGUGUUUGAGGUGGGUAUGUGUGUGUUUCCGUGUGUGUGUGUUAUGUGUGAGUGUGUGUGUGUGCGCAUGUGUGUGUGUGUGUUACUUUGUGUUUGGAGAACAGGGGCAAGGUCUGCCUGAAUGUGUAGCAUUUUGUGUCACAGUAACUAAACUAAAGAAUAAACCUUUCAGUGUUCAUCACUUGAAUCUUGA